AAUCACAAUUCUUCAGUGGAGAUCAAAUCGGCUCUGAAUCGUGAUGUACAAGUGAGCAAUUUCAUAGUGUGGAGGGAGAAGAAGAUGCACUGGUACGUCGUCGCUUCAUUCCUCACCAUUCUCACAAGCUCCCAGGGAAUAUUGACGACAUUAUCUCAGAGUAACGGGGCUUACAAGUAUGACUAUGCCACCGUGCCUUUUCUUGCUGAAGUUUUUAAGCUCAUUGUGUCUAGUAUGAUGCUGUGGAGAGAAUGUCAGGCGUCAACUCCUCCUAAAAUCACGACUGACUGGAGAAGCGUUCGGUUGUAUCCAAUUCCUUCUGUCAUAUACCUCAUUCACAACAAUGUGCAGUUUGCUACAUUGACCUAUGUUGAUACCUCCACUUAUCAGAUAAUGGGAAACUUAAAGAUUGUUACGACUGGAAUACUGUUCAGGCUGUUUUUGAGGAGGAAGCUUUCUAAUUUGCAGUGGAUGGCUAUCGUUCUAUUGGCUAUUGGAACAACCACGAGCCAGGUCAAAGGUUGUGGAGAAACUUCUUGCGAGUCGCUUUUCUCGUCUCCAAUUCAAGGAUACAUGCUGGGUAUAUUAUCUGCUUGUCUCUCUGCAUUGGCCGGUGUUUACACAGAAUUCUUGAUGAAAAAGAACAAUGACAGCUUAUAUUGGCAAAAUAUUCAAUUAUACACAUUUGGUGCAAUGUUCAACAUGGCCAAGCUUACCACUGAUGAUUUAAGAAGUGGAUUCGAGAAUGGUCCAUGGUGGCGACGCCUUUUCAAUGGAUAUAGUGCAACAACUUGGCUGGUAGUGUUAAAUCUUGGUUCGACUGGGCUGUUAGUAUCAUGGUUGAUGAAGUAUGCAGAUAACAUCGUUAAGGUGUAUUCCACGUCGAUGGCCAUGUUAUUGACAAUGCUGGUAUCUGUGUACAUUUUCAAUUUCAAACCGACUCUUCAGCUCUUUUUGGGAAUCAUUAUCUGCAUGAUGUCGCUGCACAUGUAUUUUGCCCCUCCAACCGUGCUCGUGGACUUGCCCCUGACAGCAAAAGCAUCACCUGAAAGUGUAGGAGAAGUUUCUGGUGAUCAAAAAACAACUUCCUAGAGUGCACUUGUGAACCUCAGUCCUUUCUUGUCAUCCCUUUUUUCAUUCGGGAAAUUGCACAGAGGAAUAUUUUCCGAUCCUCGGAACCUGGAAGAGGUAGAAACAUGGAACUAAGACUUCAUCACCACAGGGAUACGUACAACAGUUAGGCAGUACGGGGUGAUUUCUCCGUCAAGUGCCACCACUGGUGGGGGCGGCCGCAACCACUGACAACGAGAGAUGUGAGGGAUGCCUACUUUUUUCUCCCAGGUACAACUAACUAUACAUAGCAAAUUGUUGUUGCAUUAUCAAUGGCCUACCCAAGUCGUGUAGUGCUUAAUUUUUUUGAAUCCUUAUACGGUAGCAAGUACAUAUAUCAUCCUUACAUUCAAGGGUAAUUUCAUCAAAUAAUUUGUACCAAUUCUGGCUUGUCCAUGAUUAUUGCCUAUUGCUAUCCUAAUUUUGAUUUAUGAAA